AGGCGCCGUUAUCAGAUAAGCCGUGGAUCAUUUGCAACACGGCCGCGCAGUGAAUACAUUGUUCUGUAUGAAUAUGGAUGGGACUUGGGAAAUUGUUUUGUGAAAGUGAAAAAGUGACGGAAAAAUUUAAGAUAACGUAGCUGAGCUGCCCAAAUGUGGGAUUGUGGAGUGGGCUAAUCAAUGGCUGGAGGCACGCGCAGCUUGUGUGGGACUUUAAACAGAAAGAAACGGUUCACUUCCAGCGAACUGCAGGCUGGGAAUUUGAGAAGAUGUCUGAACCGCUGGGACCUGUCCGGGCUCGGCGUUGGCAGCACUCUCGGCCUCGGCACCUAUGUGCUCCUGGGCUACGUCGCCUACAACCUCGCCGGACCUUCGGUGGUGCUGUCCUUCCUCAUAGCAGCAGUGGCUGCCUUGUUUGCAGGUCUAUGCUACGCGGAGCUGGGCUCCAGGAUCCCCCGCGCCGGCUCCGCCUACAUCUACACUUAUAUGACAAUAGGUGAACUCGCUGCCUUCGUCGUGGGCUGGAACAACAUCCUCGAGGGAUUGUUCAGCACCGCAAGCAUAGCCAAAGGCCUCAGCGUGUACGUGGACUCAAUGAGCAACCAGUCGCUCUCGGAGUGGUUCACAUCUGUAGCUCCGAUCACAGCGGGCUUCUUUUCGCCUUAUUUUGAUUUUCUCGCGUUCUGUGCUGUGUUGGUUGUUGCUGCGUUGCUUGCCGUCGGGGCGAAGGAGUCAUCGGCUGUGAACAAUGUGGUGACUGUACUGAACAUACUCGUUAUUGUCUUCGUGAUCAUCGCCGGCGCUGUUAAAGCGGACAGCGCAAACUGGUACAUAUCAGCCCUAGACGUGCCCGAGCACCACGGAUCGGGCGGGUUCUUCCCGUAUGGCAUGUGGGGCACGCUGAGGGGAGCGGCCGUUUGCUUCUAUGGGUUUGUGGGCUUCGACACCAUCACUGCUGCCGGAGAAGAGACUAGAGAGCCUCGUGAUAACGUGCCAAUAGCGAUCCUGAUAACCCUGGUCACGGUGUUCUUCGCGUACACCAGCGUGGCUAUUGUGGUCACCAUGAUGACGCCAUACUACUUGCAGGACAGUGUGUCAGCUGUGGCCGGUGCCUUCUCUCAGGUCGGCAUGGACUGGGCGUGGUGGGUUGUGUCCCUCGGGACAAUCUGUGGGAUUUCUGCCAGCUUGUACGGAGCGCUGUUCCCGCUGCCGCGGUUGCUGUACGCCAUGUCAUCAGACGGCUUCUUCAUCACAUUCUUCAGCAAGCUCUCGUGGCGCAAGUCUCCGGUAAUAGCUACGAUAAUCCCUGCUGCUGUUAUAGCUGUCUUGUCCUCGGUGAUGGCGCUGGACCAGAUGGUGAUGAUGGUGUGUAUCGGCACACUGCUCUCCUACACCUCUGCCGCGGCGUGUGUCUUGUUGCUAAGGUACCGAUCAGAAAAUGCUGGUGACAAGUCAACGUGCAGCACAAUAUUCGGCUGCGGGUUGAUAGCGCCCUCUACCACAACAUCGCGAGUUGUCAUAUUUUCUCUGCUACUAUUCAUAUGCGUUUGCGUGACCUCUGCCCUGGUGCUGCUGCACGCGAGUAACCCACUCAUUCCCGUGCUCGUCUUGCACGCUGCUGCUCUGAUACUCAUCUUUGUCAUGUGUUGCCAGCCAAAGAUCGUCGAAGAAUUUGCGUCUAAGACGCCGCUGGUUCCACUGAUCCCCUGCCUUAGUAUCUAUGUGAAUAUCCAUUUGAUGACGCUCAUAAACAUACAAACCUGGAUCAGGGUCUUCGUCUGGAUGUUAAUAGGUAUACCUGUUUACAUCAUUUGCGUUUGUUGCAAAAAAAAACAAAAUAAUCUAGAAGAAAACAUGAAAACAUUCGGUCAUGCUAAUAAAAAUGGAAAAACUCCAGUUCAAAUUCUGGUCCAAUCACCCACUCCUACUGGCAGUAGAAAGAUGAUAAGUGAUUUCGGAGCUUUCAUUGAGAAUUCCGAAGAAAUGCAAGAGAUAAAGCAGCCAGAUAUGGAUGAAAUAUAUGAAGAAAAGGACGUAAUACCGACAGAAACAUACGCUAGAACGGACGAAAUAAUAGUUCAACAUGCUAUUGUCGAAAACAAUGAAGAAAAAGAAGCGAAAAUAAUAGAUUUAUUAGACCAAGUGUUGCAAGCCGAAGAAGAUAGAUAUGGAGAAGUUAUACACUUAAAAGAAGAAGAAGAAGACGAAGCGAAAGAGACAAUCGGUCACAGAAAGUCAUUAAGUGAACUAUCAGAUGCUGGAUCAGACGCAUCUGUAGGUAAUCAAGAAAUAUCUAAAUACGAUGUUAUUGCUCAAGUGCAUAGAGAAGAUUUGCCAAUAGUUAGCGAAGAAGAAGAACGAAAUGGAGAUAAGGAAGACGUAGGUGUACAAAAAAUUGAAAUGGACGAUUAUGAACAAGUAACGGCGUUCAAUGAGAGCGAAACAAAUUCUAGGACAGACGAAUCAGGUUACUCCGAUACAAUACUAGACAGAAGUGGGUUAAAUGACUCGCAAGAAAGUAUUAAAGAAGACGCCCCUUACAUACCGCCACCUCCACCCAUAGACGAGGAAUAUUUUUCUCGACCAACUCUACACAAGUUUUAUUCUAUGCCAAAAGGAAAAACUAAAAUGACACCUCCAUCAGUUGUACCCGAUGAUGAUGAGGAGAUACCUCCGAGAGAAAGUUUACAGUCAAAUAGUUCUCAAGGUGAUGGAAACAUAGUCUUUGGCAGCGAUAGGCAAAUUAACUUUAUGUCAAAACUUAGUGGUAUUUUUGCAAACAAACUAAACAGCGAUGAUCAAGAACAAAGACAGAGAUCGCAUUCCACUGGAAAUGUAGUUCAGGGUACAGAGUUAGCUGUAGUUAGUAGGCCUUUAAUAUUUAAAGAUUUAAAUAAGGAAUUCUUAGAGAAAAAGGACAAAGAUUUGCAAUUGCGACCUGUGAAAGUGGAAAAUGUGAAAAGUACAGAGAUAGAGGAGUCCGAGGCAGAAGAAGUAGAAGAUUUGAGUAUGACGAGGUCGGACCUGAAAUCUAGAUUAGAAACCAUCUUUGCGUCUGGGGGCACCCAGCUUGUGAAACCAAGAUUGAUGAAAUCUAAUCCGCCAACACCUGAAGAAGCAUAUCAGACAGAGUCAUCUAGCACAGAUAGUUUACCGAAGAUUACAAAAGAGAACAAAAAUGACACAUUAUCUAGACAAAAAGCGAAAUUCGGAGAAGUUUUAAAUUCGUUCAGACUAAGUUUUAACAGUGACGAUCAAGUGUGACGCAGACAAUGUUAUCAUUAAGUUACUUAUUUUAUGUGUACCUAGUCUUAUGAUUAAGUGCCUUGCUAAUCAGUAUUGUGUAUAUGUGCUAAGUGUAGAAACAUCGAGAACGAUACGAAUUAAAGAAUACGGUUAACUCAUGAACCCGGUAAUUAACAAAUGCGUCGAGCAAAGUUGUUUCGUUCGUACUAAAGACUGACGUAUGAAUGUAUGAAUUAAAACAAUAAUUGUGAAACUAAAUUUUAUUACAAAUACAUUAUUUAGAAAACAAUUUAA